AUGCAGUCAAUGCGCAGUGCGGGCGCCGCGAGCGUGGGUGCUCGCGUCCUUGGUGAGAUUGAAGAGGCAACGCUUGAUGAGGUUCUUGCAGCCUUCCGCACAAGCUUCCACGCCGCAAAUAAUAUUGCUAAAGGGGAUCACGGCGAUGAUAAUGGGGUUAUUGGGAGUAGGACUUCACCCAAGACACGCUCGCCAAGUUUCCCCGUCGAUGCGCUCAAUGAUCUCGUCGAUCGUCACUUUCGGGCAACUGGGUCGAGCACUUUAACUCUCGCGGGCCGCCAUCUCGAGUUGCUAUAUUUUUUACUGGCCAUUCUCAUCGCUACUCCGCACGAGAAGGCCGUGGCCAUCAUCGACUUUGAAGGGCGCUUCGACCCGCUACGGCUUCUUACUACGUCGGUUGCGAGCAGCGGGCUGUUUGUUGACGGCUCCACAACGGCAGAGACCAUGCCCGCUACCACCGCCAUCCACCGUAGCGACUUGGAACACCUCCAUGUUCUCCGCCCUCCACGCGGAAGUCCUGUGCAUGUGGCCGACUGCGUUACCUCCAUCGAGCACUACAUGCUCUACGGGUCGCACAAGAGCGGCCGUCGGGAAUGGUGGGGUACUAUAAUUAUUGGAGGCGGUGCCAUGAGCUCCGCGGGCGUUGUGUCGAAUGCGGCGGUUUCUCAGGCCCAAGUUGCCGUCACGGCCGGAUGGAAGGGUUGGCUGCGGGUUGAACAUGCCGAAGUUCCCACAUUCUGGGAUGCGAGCGUAGAAGAAGCGCUUGCCCAUCGGCACGGAAGGCAGACAGUGGUUGAGCGCGUUGCCUGGCUGGCUACUUCCCCAUGGGGAACCUUCUCAGUCCCCAGCGAUCAUGGAGCCCGGGCGGGCUUAGCGGGCUCGCAGCGGAGCAAGUCGGAUGCUAUUCACAGCUGCUCGAGUGGGGUUUGCCUCGGACAAUAA